AUGCCGGGGGGCCAUGAGGGCGGUGUCCGGCCAUGGCCCAUGGCAGCGCGGCCGUCAUGCUCAAGUGCGUGGUGGUGGGGGACGGCGCCGUGGGCAAGACGUGCCUGCUCAUGAGCUACGCCAACGACGCCUUCCCCGAGGAGUACGUGCCCACCGUGUUCGACCACUACGCAGUCAGCGUGACCGUCGGGGGCAAGCAGUACCUGCUGGGGCUGUACGACACCGCCGGACAGGAAGACUAUGAUCGUCUGAGACCUUUAUCUUAUCCUAUGACCGAUGUCUUCCUUAUCUGCUUCUCAGUGGUAAACCCUGCUUCAUUUCAAAAUGUGAAGGAAGAGUGGGUACCAGAGUUGAAGGAAUAUGCACCUAAUGUUCCCUUUUUACUAGUAGGAACACAGAUUGAUCUUCGUGAUGACCCAAAAACUCUGGCAAGACUGAAUGACAUGAAAGAGAAGCCCAUAUCUGUGGAGCAAGGACAGAAGUUAGCUAAAGAGAUAGGAGCCUACUGCUACGUGGAGUGUUCAGCUUUAACGCAGAAAGGACUGAAGACCGUUUUUGAUGAAGCUAUUAUAGCCAUUCUAACUCCAAAGAAACACACAGUGAAGAAGAGAAUAGGCUCAAGAUGCAUAAACUGCUGUUUGAUCACGUGAGACAUAUUUGACAAUGGCCAAGCUUACUGUGAAAUCCUACUGAAUUUAAACACAAUGCAUUAAGUACACGGCAAAGUUGUUACAGGUUUGAAAGCUAAAACUAUGGUUCUGCCUUCUACAACCAGUGAAAUCCAGAGGAAUAAAAUGAGACUCAACAAACUUGUAAUAAGAAGCCACCGUGUCUGUUACAAGUAUUUUAUUCAGACUGGAAGGUACAAUCUCUCAGGGUUACAUAGUCUAGAGGAAGCAAAAACUGCACCACGCUGAAACGGCAUCUAUGUGAUUUUAUCGAGUGGGGACGCUUGGCCUGAAAUACUCUAAAUGAAUUUGGACAGUCUUCUGCUUUGACUAUACAUAAAUAUAUAUAUCUUAUAAACCCCCGCCCCCAAUUUUUGCACAGUCUGUAUGGGAUCUGCACAAAGAAAUACCUUGUCUCUCUUUGCUCCAGUUAUCUGCUUUUGUAUGUAAGCUGCUUCCGGUUCCAGUGUAUCCACAGAGGUGCAAUAAUCAGACCAGCCACAUAGCCAAAGGUAGCUCCGAAGGAACAGGAAAUGGGCCAUACCUGAAGGGAGAACACAAGGUAAAAGCAGACAAUGAGAAAAUGUCUGUGUUUUUUUGUACUUGGUGAGCACAAAACCUAGGUACUGACUGAAAGACAGUAGAGUCUUACUCUAAAGCUUGGCGUGCUUUCCUAAAAAUGCCAAAAGUGUAACAAUCAUCUUCAUGAACACUAAAUGCUGUUGUACAGUUUUUAACUAAUAUGCAUUAAAAUGUAACCAGGCUUCUGGCUAUUGCAGAGUUUAGUUCCAUAUUCCCAAAACUAUGUGAAAAACUGUAGAAGUCUUUAUAUCCCCCCUGAAGUGUUCAGCUAACCUGACUUCCUGUUCUGCUGCACACAUCUGGAAACCUACUGAUGUCUUGGUGGUUUCUCCUUUCAAUCUCUCAUGGUGUUCUGAAACCUUUAGAGGUGUGUACAGAUGAACUGAUAUUCAAACAGACCAGAGACUGAGAUGGAUAGAGGGGGUUUCUUGGUGUUUUUUGUCUUGAAAAGUAGGCAAAGGGCUGAAUCUCCCCCUGGCUAGCAGCAGGGAGGGAACUCAAACUUGGAAACUCAACAUCUUGCAUUCACUUCAGCAAACAUGUAGUAAGCCACUUAUGUUCUAGAGCUUAAAGCUCUCUUCUUCCUUAUACUCAAUACAGCUGACUCAAUUUCACAAACCAUCUAGUGCAAAGUAAUGGGAUUUUUUCCCCUACCCCCCCUUUUUUUAACUGGUAUUGAUUUGUAUGGAGGAGUGGCCAAAACAAGACUUAGCUAGUCUGUCCUGAGAUGUAGCUUAUAUUACCAGUCAAAUACAGACUGCAUUUGAUGGAAAUCUCAACUAAGCAAUUAAAAAGAUUUACUGUCAAAUAAACUAAAUUCCCACCCUCUUCAAAAUUCUCCUUUGCAUGAUGGUUUUGCAAGGACAGUUCUGCACUUCCUGCUGGACAGUGCAUAUUCCUGAAGCAAGUGCAGACUGCACUCCCUUCUUUCAGUUUUGAAUCAAGGGUGAUAUUUCCACCUUCUGUAGUGCUUGAGAUGGAGACAUGAACUAGAUAUUAAAGAAAAUAUCCACAUCUUGGUGUCCAGCCAAGACUGCAAUUCAUGAAUAUCAAAUGAAUUGACUCUUAAUGGUACUGGUUCCUCCAUUUAUUUUCCUAGCUCUGAUUCCUCUCUUCACUAUUGUGGAAAAAUGCAUUUAUUCACAUCCUCUGAUCAUGGGAAUUUUAACUAGGAAUAAGAGUAACUUAUUUUGUCCUCAGCUGUUUCAUCUUCACAUUCCUUAGCAUUUGCAAUUUUAUAUGUUAUUUGGAGGUCUUAAGGAGUGUAGCAAAGAUGACUAUAAACAAGGUGCCUUAGGUACUCUUUAUUGACCUUGUUUCAUUCUUAUUUCUGGACAUUCUGUCUGUGCUACUUGUUUCUGUUGCUGAAUAUUUUGGCUGUUGCCUCUCAAACCAAAGAGUUGCUUGUUUUCAUUAACAGUGGUAUUGUAGAUCUUCUAUAAAAAGCCUUGAGAUGCUUUGGCAUGGUAAGAUAUUCUGUAUAUUUAAAACUCAUGUGAGUUUGUGGCCUUGGCUAAACUUACAUUUCAGGUGGAUCUUUUCAACUUGUAAAUGAAAUGUAAUUAAGUUAUCUCUAGCAUUUUGCAUAUUACACAUCUAAAGGACAAAGCAAUGAAAGAUGUCCAUGCAACCCCAGCUGCUCACUCAGUACCAUUCAGCUGGAACAGGAGUCAUACAUUUUUCUCUGCUGAUGAAAUCAAAUACCACUCUAAUAACCACAAAACUAUAGACAGAGGCUUCAUAACUCAGUGGUCUUUUUACAUCAGAAUCUCUGAGUGAUCAAUGAUCCUGCAUUAUAUCUUACCUACAUUAGGUGAAUCUGUAGUUGCCUGUUUGCUUUUCAGAAGUAUAGGUAGAUGUGGGACUCUGAAUUUUUCAUGUUCUCUUAACUAGAGUCAAUAUCCCUGAUAACCUGUUGACCCUGUAUGUUUUGCUAUAUUGUGUAUAGUGGACAAUUGUUGGUACGAUUAAAAGGAUCUCUGAUGACUGUUGUAGCUUCUCUUACCUGACUGAACUGCAACUUGGAACACGGUUUUUCAAUAGUUAUUUUACUUUCAAUACUAAUUAUGCCUCUGACUGUCUUCCAAAACAUUCACUUUUUGCUUUUUAAAAAUCAGUGUUACCUUACGGAAGUUUCAGACUGUUUCAUUUAACACCUGAAUCUCUGAAAUCCAAACCUCAGCAAUGGCAGCUGCCAAAGACAGGGUGCAAAGGGAAGAAACCAUAAACCACUCCAUCUCACUGUCUGUGAAUGAGACAGAAAAGAAACACCAUCUCAUCUCUUCUAGUGGUGCAGAACAGAAGGGUACUAGGCCAGGUACUCAUUAUGCUGGUCAGAUGGCUUAAAGUAGUUUCAACAGCAAUCUGAUUGGCCUUUUGAAAACUCCCUAAGCACAGGGGUUAAAAGCCGGCACUUCAGAACAUUGCUAUCCCAAUGAUAUGUUUGCUAACCCUUAAGGCAGGGCAAAAAACUCCUAACACAUAAUGAUACUAGUUCUGCACCUAUUAUUCUUGACUGCUGCCCUUUAGGCUACAUAUAGCCAUGCGAUAUAAAGCUGCAAGUUAUCAAAGACAGAUUAAGAUGUGGCUCUUAAGCACAUCAGCUGCACUAAAAUAACAGCCCUUGGAUAUGCUUUUUGUCUAUGAAAGUGGUUUGCUUUAUUCUGCAUUAGCUGCUGGCCUCAUUUUUCUGAGACCAAAUCAUUUCCUGCUGGACCUUUUUACAUUAAUUUGACUUGCUUGAUCGGUCUGCUUUUGCCCUGCCUUUCAUAUUAUCUCUUAAACUUGGUUUAGGUUCCCUCACUUGGAAUGAUCUGCUUCUAAGUGAUAAAAAGCUAAGCAGCUAAUACACAUCUGCCUGUUCUAAGGGAUUCCAUUCUGCUUAUUCAAAGUAUGCAACUUGUAAUACACCCCUUUCGUCCCCUGAGAACUAUUCAGCUCAGUUUCUCCUACUUUAUGCUCCCUUCUGCCAUGAGGAAGCUGACAUAUCCCAUCCCAGUACUGAUGUCAUGUCUAGGCUGGGUCAGCAACAAGGGAAUACAAUGUUAGGCAACACUGCCUAACUGCACACUUUGAGGGGGGAGAAAGCAAGGAGGGAAGAAGAUUGAUCUGGAGACAAAAGUGUGCGGAGUGCAGGAGACAGCACAGAAUGUUCUUUAGGAUAUGCUUUGUUUGUCCCAGCAGCUGGGAAGCAUCAGCUCCCAUCCUCACAGCCUAAUAUGACUCAGUUUACAUACCAGAUGCAUGUGGAAAAGGGCAAUUUUACCAACCUGCAUAUGAUUACUAGGAGUCUGAACAGCAACUUGACAAAAACAAAUCUCCACCUAUAUGCUUAACAAGAACUAAAAUGGCAUUUUAAGGGACAGAGCAUGGGCCAGAGGUUUAUGGAAAAUGAUCCUGACUUCUGCUAUUUGUUUAGUUUCUGUUUGGCUGUUUCAUCUAGCAGCAGUAAUAGAACUGAAGAGGUUUCUUUAGGCUUGCUAAAUAGACAAUGCAGAACUGCAAGGUUUCUAGUGUAUAUCAGAACUCAUUUUAAGAAUAAGGACUCAAAAUACGAAUUGCCAACCUUUCAGUACACAUAUGUUUCCUCAGUGCUCUUUAGAACACCUGUGAACUGACAUGAGAAUGCUUAACAUACUGCAUGGAAAGCAGAGCAUGUUGCAGGAUCCCAGCAAGGUUAUCUAGCUCUGCUGUACUAUGCAUGUAGCUAGUUAAAUCAGAAUUCUGACUGCAUGACAGCUUUGUCAUCUAUUACAAGUCUGUAAAUUGCAUCCCAUGCAAUGGGAAUUACAUAGACAUUGAUAAGAACAUAAAGGCCAGAUUCUUAGGGGCCAGAGCAGCAACAUCCUAAUGAAGUUUUAGAAGAUCCUACAAAGUAAGCAUCUGACUGCUGGAACUUUAAUUAUACAAAUGCAAAUACUAUAUAUUUUGUGGUUUUAGUAACCUGGUCCCAUUCUUCAGCUGAGUGUUUUUCUCAUAUUCCUAAACGCCAUUCUUUUUUGUAUGCUUACUAUUUCAAAAGAUCCAUUUCUGACUGUCAACUAGAAAGCUAUGUCGUAUUUCUUGUUUCAUUUUAAAAAUGAAUAAAUGAGCACAAUGACUUUCCCUCCCUGUUUCUAACAUGCCUUAAAUUCCUGAUUGUUUAGUCUGUCUUGUCUUUAAAAAAUUCAGUACAUGCCUUCAAUCUAUUUUGGUUGCAUGCACAUGUUAACUAAAAAUGUCUUAUCGCAUUGUACGCAAUGUGUGUGUUGACAAGCACAUGCCGAGGAGAAGAAAGUGUGAGGGGUUUUUUGCAGGCUGGCAUUUGUAACUAGAAGGUGAUUUGGUGGAUAUGUGUUAUAAAAUGACAGCAAGUAUAACUGCCUUUGAUUGCACCCUUAAGGUUUACAUUAAGAAAACAUAUCAUUAAAUAAACAGUAAUAACCACA